GAGCUUAAUAUGAGAGCUGCCCCUGCUGUCCUAUAUCAGCAACAGCCAGCAUUUCUCCAGUCAUCUCCAGCCAUGGCUUCAAGUGAACGCUGUCAGAGCACAAAACCGAGAGGAAAGUGUUGUUUUUAAGCCGUUCAUGAUGAAACGAGGAAGGACAGGUCUCACAUCAAAGUGCCAGACCUUCCCCUCCCAUGAGGAGAGGGCUAAGAGACAGAAGCAGAGGGUGUCCAGCUUCACCCUGACUUCUUCAGAGGACUGGGGUAACCUGCCCCACCACGUGGUCCUGCAGAUCUUCCAGCAUCUGUCCCUCGUAGACCGGGCCAGGGCCUCGUCUGUGUGCCGCUGCUGGAAUGACGUCUUUCACACCCCUGAACUGUGGAGGAGGUUUGAGUUUGAGCUCAAUCAGCCGGCUACGUCUUACCUGCGCUCCACUCACCCUGACCUAAUUCAGCAGAUCAUCAAGAAGCACGCCCAGCACCUGCAGUACGUCAGCUUCAAGGUGGACAGCUGCACAGAAUCUGCAGAGGCGGCCUGUGACAUUCUCUCCCAGCUGGUGAACUGUACCAUAAAGACCCUGGGGCUGAUUUCCACAGCACGGCCCAGCUUCAUGGAUGUGUCUCAGGCCCACUUUGUGUCUGCACUGACAGUGGUGUUUGUCAACUCCAAGUCCCUGUCCUCUAUCAAGAUUGAUGAUACGCCAGUGGACGACCCGUCCCUGAAGGUGCUGGUUGCCAACAAUAGUGACACCCUGAAGUUGCUGAAGAUGAGCAGCUGUCCUCAUGUCUCCCCAGCAGGUAUCCUGUGUGUUGCAGACCAGUGCCAUGGACUCAGGGAGCUGGCGUUGAACUACCAUCUCCUGAGUGAUGAGCUGCUGCUUGCCCUCUCCUCUGAAACACACGUUCACUUAGAGCACCUGCGCAUUGACGUGGUGAGCGAAAACCCCGGCCAGACACACUUUCACACCAUCAAAAGAAGCAGCUGGGAGGCUUUGGUCCGACACUCACCCAAGGUCAACAUUGUCAUGUACUUCUUCCUCUAUGAGGAGGAGUUUGAGCCCUUCUUCUGCGAGGAGACUCCUGUCACCCACCUGUACUUUGGCCAGGCAGUUAGCAAAGAGAUGCUAGGCCGCAUCGGACUGAACUGCCCUCGGCUGGUGGAGCUGGUGGUGUGCGCCAAUGGCCUCGAGCCCCUGGAUGAGGAGCUGAUCCGUAUCGCAGAACGCUGCAAAAGCUUGACGGCCAUCGGGCUAGGCGAGUGUGAAGUGACCUGCAGUGGCUUUGUGGAGUUUGUAAAGAUGUGUGGGGGGAGGCUGACUCAGCUGUCAAUCAUGGAGGAGGUGUUGAUCCCAGACAGCAGCUACAACAUGGAGCAGAUCCACAGUGAGGUGUCCAAGCACCUGGGCCGCAUGUGGUUCCCUGAUAUGAUGCCCACCUGGUAGGCUGACAUGAAGCCAGAGUGGAGGGCUGUUAAUGAAGUACAUGACUUUUACGGACACUUACUGUAUGAAGCUUACAUGAUAGUCAUUUUAACACAUUUUACUGUGACAGACUGCAGUGUGUGAUUUGCUCUUUUUGGACAACAAGUAGGCAGGAGAUUCUCUGUCAUCUGUCAUUUCUUGGCCGGCUACUAGAAGAUGGGUCAUUUCUAAAACUGCCACUUGUAUUUUUACCUGCAGUGAAUUUGGCGUAAAUGUUAAUGAAAAUGGAGAAAUGUUGCUCUCAUUUAAAACCAUUGGCAGCUUGAUUUCCGUCUGGCUACCUUGUGAGCACUUUUCUUUCUAUGCAUAGAUAUUGUGAUGUGAGAUUUUGGAUGUGGUAAGUUCUCUCAGUCUGUGAAGAACGGUCUGAAUUUACAGUUUCUCACUGCAACCUUUCAAACAUUGUGUGUAAUGGAUGUGGGUCUGCCAUCUGCUGGUUGCUUAUGUUAAAAGCAUCACGCUUCAUCAUUUAUCCUGAACAGCAUCUCACACGCUGAACUGACUUUUUAAAGGACACUUCCACCUUCAUGUGCUUUUACAUUGUCACACAUAAUCAGUGUAUGUUAUUCAUUGAAUUCCAGGUCUUAUUUUUUUAAGUCUCAAAUUGCCUCAUCUACUCGUGCUUUAGUUGGUGAUUUCCUACAUUUCCCCCGUCUGGACUGUGUAUCCAGCCAUUGGUAGAGAGAGCAUUAACAAUAGUGAUACUACUGCAGCCUAGAGAGAACAAGAGUUUCCAGUUGAGUCAGAGCAAGAGUUAUAUCUUCAUGUAAAACACAGUGGGUCUUUUAUAUUCUUGUCAAUUUAUAUUUGUGUCAGUGGACACUUUAAUAUUUCAUCCUAAACUACAACAUUUUAUUUGGUUUUCAGUUGUUGAACGUCCGUUAAAUAUCUGAAAGAAUUUAAAUGGUGUUAUAACACAUUGAACUCUUUAUGCUUUGACAUCCAAACCAUCUAAACCAUUCAUACUGAUGAUCCUCUGUCAGGUCAACAGCUGUUUUCAUUUUCCUUUUUUCACUGUUGAAAUUGAUUUUAUUUCCCAUUCAAAUUGGCAGUUAAAGCUUCUCUUCUAUGCUUAUAGUCUUGAAAUCUAAGUUGAUGAGACUAUAGUUAUUUUAACCUACCAAACUCCAUUCUUGCUGCACUGCAGAUAUCUCCAUGUAAUGUGUCAUAAUUGUCAUCUUCUGAAUUUGUCCAGUAAUCCUCAAGAAUAAGAUAAAACACAACCAAACAGCAAAAUGGACCCUGUAAUACAAUGAACAUCACCUAUGGUUAGUAAUAGUAAAAACAGUGUUAAAGUUAUGUUGUCACAAGUGUGCAUCAGAAAUGAUGCAGGACGUGAAAUGAAAAAAUAUUUCAAUAUUCAUUGAAGCUAUUUUUAAGCUUUUUAAAUUAUUUUUAAUUAUUUCAGAUGUACUUUAUUUUUUAUCAUACAUGAUCACCCCUGUUCAUCUAGGAGCACUGGCUAAAGCAGAUGAAGGUUUACACACCGGAUGUCUUUACUGUGUUUAAAAUAGAGGCCUUUGUGCCAAACAUCUGGUAAUAUUUGGUAAAAAUCAUGGUUUAAUUUUUACCAUGAUCAUUUUUUUUACCACAUGGUACACACUAUCCAGUGCCACACUGUACCACAUGAUACAUUAAAACAACUGUAAAGAUU